AUGGGUAACUCAACAGCGGGAGAUGACCAUCCCGCCGAGAAGGAGAUUCCUGCCACCACCUCGGAUCCUGAGGCUGGCCAGGACUCCUCCGUCGUUGGGAAGCCAUGGAUGUACAAGCCCUUGAAGAUUGGUCCUUUGACCCUGCCCUGGUUUGCGUCGCCGAUGACUCAACUCAUCCUGGUCUCCUUUGUUUGCUUCCUUUGCCCCGGUAUGUUCAAUGCUGUUAGUGGGCUGGGAGGUGGUGGCCAGGUCGACCCUACCGACGUCAACAAGGCCAACACCGCUCUAUACAGCACGUUUGCCGUGGUAGGCUUCUUCGCUGGUUCCAUUGCCAAUCGCAUUGGCCUCCGCUUAACUCUGUCCUUCGGCGGCUUUGGGUAUUUCCUCUAUGUGGCAUCGCUUCUCUCAUAUAACCAUAACUCGAAUGCCGGCUUUCUGAUCUUUUCUGGCGCGCUUCUCGGUGUCUGUGCUGGGCUGUUGUGGUGUGCCCAGGGUGCUGUCAUGAUGAGCUAUCCGCACGAACAUGAAAAGGGCAAAUACAUCUCGAUCUUCUGGGUCAUCUUCAAUCUCGGUGGUGUGAUUGGUAGCCUGGUCCCUCUGGGUCAGAACCUGCAUUCUACCGCUGGUCGGGUAAAUGACGGUACUUAUAUCGCCUUUAUGGUCCUUAUGGCUGCCGGUUUUAUCCUUUGCUGGGGCCUGUCGGACUCAAAGUAUAUUUUGCGUGAGGAUGGUUCACGCGUCAUUGUCAUGAAGAAUCCCUCCUGGAAAUCUGAAUUCAGAGGUCUUCUGGACACCCUACGCACUGACUAUUAUAUUAUCCUUCUAUUCCCCUUGUUCCUGUCGAGCAAUUGGUUUUAUGGCUACCAUUUUAAUAGCGUCAAUGGUGCCUAUUUCAAUGUCCGUACGAGGUCUCUUAACAGUUGUCUUUACUGGCUCAUGCAAAUGGUCGGCGCCUUCGUAUUUGGUUUUACUCUGGAUAUGAAGUUCUUUUCUCGGAGUAUGCGCGCUAAAAUCAACUUUUUCUUACUUUUCGUCCUCACAAUGGGCAUUUGGGGUGGUGGAUAUGCCUUUCAGAAGCAGUACACCCGUGCGGAAGCUCCGCUCGAUAAGGACUGGUCCGAAAGUGGCUACGUUGGUCCUAUGUUUCUUUACAUGUUCUAUGGUUUCUACGAUGCUGCCUUUCAAACCUGCGCAUAUUGGUUCAUGGGAUCUCUUACCAACAAUGCUCGUAAAUUGGCAAACUUUGCCGGUUUCUAUAAGGGAAUCCAGUCCGCUGGCGCAGCGGGAAUGUGGGCCUUGGACCUUGAUAAAACCCCUUUCAUGACUGAAUUUGCCUCUUGUUGGGGCCUUCUCCUUGCAAGUCUUCUGAUCGCCUCCCCUGUCAUAUUCUUCAAGAUCAAGGAUCAUAUUGACAUUGAAGAUGAUCUCAAAUUCUCCGACGAGACAGCUCAGGAUGUCAUGGGUAACAUUCCGAUGGAAGAACAGGCAUCUAAGAAGGCAGAGGAGAAGCGGACGUCUGUCGCUUGA